AUGCCUCCUUCCACUAUUUCUCGCGUUAUCAAUGCAACCAAUGGAAGAGACGGUGAACUUGUGACAUCACAACAGUGCAUUGAUCAUAUCAGAACCCAAAGAGUCAACAAUAUUGGUCAUGAAUGCAUAUCUAUCAUUCGACAUUUUCAGAGUAUGACAGCGAAUGAUAAGUUCGGUCUUCCAUUUGCUCCAUUUACUGGUGUAAAUCACCAUAGGCAGUCCACUUUACUUGGUUGUGCAUUAUUAGCCGAUGAACAGGAAGAUACCUUUGUUUGGUUAUUUAAAGAAUGGCUGAAAUGCAUGCACGGUAUUGAACCAGAUGCUAUUAUAACAGAUCAGGAUAGAGCAAUGUGUAAUGCUAUUCACUCAGUGUUUCCAACGACAAGACAUCGUUAUUGCUAUUGGCAUAUGCAAAAGCAUAUUAUUGAUCAUUUGCCUACUUUGGUAUCUCGUUAUGGUGAACAGUUUCAAAGGUAUUGGGGCUUGUGGUGCAAUAGUUCUUCAAUUGAACAAUGUGAAGGAUAUUGGGUUGAGAUGAAAGAGAAGUUUGAUAUAAAUGAAGAAGGGGACGGAUGGUUGCAAACAGUUUACAAAUGUAGAGAACACUGGGUGCCGUGUUAUCUGAAGGAUUCUUUUUUUGCUGGAAUGAGAUCGAGCCAAAGGAGUGAAAGUAUUAAUGCAUUUUUUGAUGGGUAUGUUAACUCACAGACUCAGUUACACGAGUUUGUGACACAAUAUAAAAAAGUAGUAACUCAUCGUCGCUUAAGUGAAGCCCAUGAAGAUUUUAAGAGUCUGAACACAAAGUCUGUUAUGCUCCUUGGACAUCCAAUUGAGAUCCAAGCUGGAGAAAUGUAUACACGCAAUAUGUUUGAUGUGUUCCAUACUGAAUUCAAAGGAUUUGGUACAGAGUUCUGUGAAGAAUUGAGAAAAGACAUUGUUGAAUACAAGGUCUGUAAGUUUACAGAUAGAGGAAAAUGGGAGGUGGUUACUUAUGAAUAA